AAUUUACGAUGAUGAAUUCCUCAGCUGAUAAAACACCAUUGUUUAAAUUUAUCAUAAUUGGAGAAAGCGGUAUUAAUUAAAUGAAUCUUUGAGGUGUCGGGAAGUCAUGUUUGCUAUUAAGGUAUACAAAAGACGAAUUUGUCUCUGAAUACAAUGUUACAAUCGGUGUGGAAUUCUCUUCUAAAACAGUGGAAGUGGAUUCUAAUACAAAAAUUAAGUUAUAAAUCUGGGAUACAGCUGGAUAAGAGUCUUUCAGAUCAAUAGUAAGAUCCUUUUAUAGGAAUGUUACAGCAGUAUUUUUAGUCUAUAAUAUUACAAAGUAUAAUUAUAAUAUAUAUUACAUAGACGAGAUACAUUAGAGAAAUUGGAUGGAUGGUUAAAAGAGGCAAAGGAGAAUGCUUCACCAAAUAUCGUGACUGUUUUGGUUGGUGCUUAAAAUGAUUUGGAGGAUUAGUACAAUUCUAUAUCAUUUUUAGACGCCAAGUCUCAUAUGAUGAAGGAAAGUCAUUCAUAGAUGAGAAGGGAAUUAAUUUAUUUUUUGAGACGAGUGCCAAAAACAAUUAAAAUGUUGAAUUGGUAUUGAGUGAAUUCUAUUAUAUGCAUUCACCGAAGCAGCCAAAUUGGUUUUCUUAAACUAUAUAAAUGAAACAGUGCGUAAAAAUGAAAACAAAGUCUCUAUUGCAUUAUCCGAAUCCCAUGAUAAUCCAUAGCAGUAGCUACAACCAUAGAAGAAAAAGAAAAAAGAUGAUUCAGGGUGUUGUUGAAAAAAGUGUAAAACCAACAAUACAUAUUAAUACAUAUAUCUAUGUUUAAUUUCACAUUUUAUGCAUUUUCAUUUCCAAAACCUAAUAUUUUUUUUAGGUUUUCAAAAUUUGUUCAAUCGAAAUUCUAAUCUAUUCCAUCUCAUUUUUAUUUAGAUUUUGUUUAUUUAUAUUUAUUCUCCUAUCUUCUUAUUAAAUAAAAUACAAUUUGUUAUUUUGA